AUGGCUGACGUAGGAGCUGGAGUUCUCAAACCCUGCAGAGAGAAACUGGGUACAAGUGACAGAGUAGAGUUUAUUUAAUCCUGCAUGUGAUGUAUUACCACCGACCAACAGAGGAUAGUUAUCCUCACUUAUCCAGACCUAAUCCAUUAGGCACAUGAUGUGAGAGUGCAGGCAAACCUUUGAUAUUUCAGACUGCUGCUCUCCCUUAUUUAAACUAUUGAAACAGCACCUUAUGAAAGAUUAAGCCACCGAGCAGUGGGUUUAAAAAAAGGCGUACCGGAGGCUUUGGGGCGACCGUCAAAAUGUGUGGGUGUCGGAUCAAACAGUGUUAAAUGCUAUGAAAAUGAAUUUAAAGCUCAAGUUUGCAUUAGGGUGACUUGUAUCUGACAUCUAAACUCUCUUAACGGUGGGUGAUUCUCUUUUCAUUCCCUCAUUGAAUUAUCGAGGUGUUGGAAAACCUGACUUGACUCUGAUCAGUGAAAUGAGCGCUGAAAAAAAAUAAAAGUGCCUUACAUGGGACAUUUAACAUUUGGCUAGCUGUUAACACAUUUCGUUUUCAAGUCGCAGCUGAAAACAAAUUUCCUAGAAAUGUGUUCAUCUCUCACAAUCACAUGGAUCAUUCUGGGGAGCUGCCAAUGCUGUUUGCAGUGGAAAGUAAAAGGAGACACGCAGCAUGUGAACCACGCCUAAAGGUGCUGUGUGGUCCAGAGGUUGAACACAAACUGAAGGUACACAGACUUGAUGAGAUGUUGACAAUGUAUCGACCGGUAAGUAUGGCAUGACUAUACAUCUCAAAAGAUUACUCAUUUGGAACCCAUGUAAAUGUAACAAAACUUAGGAAUCGCCAGUGCAAGGUGAUACUGCUGACCAUGUUGGGCGCAUAACAGGCGCUUUAUGAGCCACGCGAGGCGAAUGCAGCAAUUCGCGCGAAGCGUGAGGAGAGACGAGGAGAAAACAUAAUUAAAAGCUUUAUUUUUCUCCUCCACUCGCCUAACGCUUCGCGCGAAUUGCCGUGCUCGCCUCGCUUGGCUCAUAAAGCGCCCGUUAUGCAGAAUAUGAUUAUAGUAUUUUCAAAAUCUCAAGGCGCAUUUGAUGUUCAGAUUGUUAUCUCUGUGUGUGAUUGACAGAAAUGUUAGUGACACAAGUGUGCUAAACAGCAAUUGCAUUGAAUUUUAAAUUGCUUUCAUAGGAGCAGGUAGCUGAUUGGGUAGUCUGCAAACAGGAUGGAGAUCCAACGUACCUUGACGAAGACAGAGAUUUCUUCAUCACAGUUUACCGAACUCUUCAUGGUGAAGUGUGCUAUGGUAAGAGAAAGAUUGAUUGGCUCCCCAGGAAAGAGGGCAAGAUGGGCCCGGCCAUCUUGCGCGCUCGGGAUCGCCUUCUCUGUCUCUCAGUAAAAAAUCUUAUUACGAUGCCUAAAUAUUGGCCUGGUAUAUUUCAACGACUACUUUGGUUCAGUGCAUAA